CUAUUUUCAUUUCUUUGCUAUGGUGCUUUUUAGCUGGAAAGCAUAUGUGAGGAUACAGAAACUGUGGACAAAAAGCAGAACCUGAUGAACUUUGUUCCUACUCUUCGGUCUGGUGAAUGGAGUGAUAUUGGAGAACGCCCUUCCAUGGAGGAUACACACAUAUGCAUUGGAGAUUUGGCCAAAAAAUUUGGCAAUAACGAACUUUCUGAGGAAGCUAUUUCCUUUUAUGGUGUAUUUGAUGGACACGGAGGGAAGAGUGCUGCACAGUUUGUUCGUGAUCAUCUACCACAGGUGAUUGUUGAGGAUGCUGACUUUCCUUUGGAACUUGAGAAGGUUGUCACAAGGUCAUUUUUGGAGACUGAUGCAGAGUUUGCAAGAUCAUGUUCUAUUGAGUCUUCCCUAUCUUCUGGCACAACUGCACUGACUGCAAUUAUAUUUGGAAGGUCUUUACUUGUAGCCAAUGCCGGAGACUGUCGUGCCGUGUUAUCCCGUGGUGGCCGAGCUGUAGAAAUGUCCAAAGAUCACAGACCAUUGUGCAUGAAAGAAAGGAUGAGGAUUGAGUCUGUAGGUGGAUACAUAGAUGAUGGUUACCUGAAUGGUCAGUUAGGUGUGACUCGUGCUCUAGGGGACUGGCAUCUUGAAGGAAUGAAGGAGAUGAAUGGAAAACAUGGACCAUUGAGUGCUGAGCCUGAACUUAAAUUGAUGACAUUGACCAAAGAAGAUGAGUUUUUGAUAAUUGGGAGUGAUGGAAUAUGGGAUGUUUUUCGCAGCCAGAAUGCAGUGGACUUUGCUCGAAGGAGGCUUCAAGAACACAAUGAUGUCAAGCAGUGUUGCAGGGAGAUAAUAGGAGAAGCAAUAAAGAGAGAAGCAACAGACAAUUUGACAGUGGUGAUGGUGUGUUUUCACUCAGAACCACCACCUUCUGUGGUAGUAGAAAGGCCUAGAGUCAGAAGAAGCAUAUCUGCUGAGGGACUUCAAAACCUUAAAUGCUUGCUAGAAGGAUAAAACACUCUUGUCUGCAAGGAAAAUGAUUUUUUUGAGCUGAGAUUAUGUGUACAUAAAUUCAUCCACAACAUUGAAAAUGCCCUCUGGAGAUAGAGUAAGGAACACUCCAAGAUGCAAAUUCUAAUAAAAUCAAUACCAUCGUCUAUUUGUUUUUCCCAUUAUUAAUGGGAAAGUGAGAAACUUGAAUAUCUAUAUCUUGCAAAAUGUAAUUUAUACGCAUAACAUUGUAGAAUUGUG